AUGAAUCGUGGCAAUGGGCCACCCGCACAGCCGGUGGUACAGCACGAUGAUGCACGCAACUUGGAGCACCGACUGGCUGGCCGUGUCGAUGAAAUGCUAGGGCAAAGGCUACCUGAAAACGCUGGAGCACGGUUGGAUGCACAAGAGCUUGAGCUGGCCGAGCUUCGUCAGCUCGUGCAAACUCAACAAGAGGCCAUCGCUCGCUUGACAGAGCAGCAAGAUGGCCUACAGAGCGAUGCUCAGGAUCAACGCGAAGACCUUUUACAGCGACUCCAACACGAGGUUCAAGAGAUGAAGGAGAGCAUGGCCAGUCUAAAUCAGACUACGCGCAUCACAGCCGAGGUCAUGCUCGAGCAAGCCACUACGUCUGCUGCCGAACAGAUUCAGCAUAAACAAGGCCCUCUUGUCGCUCGAAUCGAGGCUUUGGAAAAGGCAAGUCUUCUGCUAACCGAGUAUCAGCAGACCCUUUCCAGUCGUCUCAAGAAGCACCGCACAGAAACCGCCUCGAUGCUGGAGAAGACCAAGCAGACAUCCAAGACUCACAAGGAGGACACGAUGCAAGAGUUGGCCCGCUUUACGGCCCAGCUGGAGGCGACUACCAACCAGGUCUCUGAAUUGCAGAGCAGCAUGCAGGAAAUCUCCAAUCAGUUUACCAUUGCACGCGCUGCCGUUCCCAUUCCAGCUACCAGCCCAGCGCCAGCGGCAACUCCACCACCAGCGGCAGGCACUGCCGAGCCAGGGGCGGCCGUCAAUGCUGCCGCGUCCAGCCCGGCUUCUGGAUGGAGCGAAACGGCCGAUCCGGCCAUGAUGCAGUCCGUCAUGCACUUGACCCAACGCCUGCACAGCAUGCAGCAGGAGCUCGUCGCUGCAGCUCAAAACUCGUACCGCAAUCACCAGCUCAUCGAUCUGCAUCAAAAGCAGUUUAACGAGCUCUAUCACCACCUUCAGACAGACUUUUCCAAGCGAGUGCAAGAGGUGCGACAAGCGCAGGUCACGCACCAAGAGGGUGUUUCCCUGGCCUUGGAUCGCAUUGGGGAUCAGAACACGCUGGCGAUUGAGCUUAUGAAGCAAGACAUUUCAAAUAUUGAGCGCGUUAUUGACGUUGUCAAGCAAGAUGUUGAGGGCCAGAUUGACAAGGUGUUGAGCAAGGCCAAGCUUCACGAUGACCGCUUCGAGGCACUGGGGACUUCGAACCACGCUUGCUUGCGUCGUCUCGAAGAUAUCCAAUUGCAGCAACGGCGCGAUACCGAUGAAGUCAAGCGUCGCAUCCAAAGCACCAAGGAUGGUUUGAUGAAGAGCAUGACUGAUGAGCGACAUCGCCAAUUCCACGACUUUGACAAGCUGCGCCGUCGGUACCUGAAGGAUGCUGAAGUCAACCGAGACAUAUUCAAGAUGAUGCAGAUUGAGUUUUUCCAACCCAUGUUCAAAAGGCUGCAAAAGGUUGAGGCGCGUCCCAGCUACGUCAUGGCUCGCCGUUGA